AUGAGGGAUCAGGUUGGGAGAUAUGACAAGUAUACACCUUUGAAUGCGUCGCGUUCGCAAAUCUGGAGGGAAGUGGCACUCACAGAGAUAAAGAAGGUGGGGAGACCCCGGCCUAUAUUCGACAGAGGGGGUUUAGAUAAGUCCAAAUAUUGUGCUUUCCAUGACGGGCUGGGGCAUACUACUUAUCAAUGCUGGGAUCUCCGAGAUGCGGUGGAGAAGUUUGUUCGAGAUGGAAGGUUACGUCAAUACGUGAUAAAAACCCAAGGUUCCAGAAACAACAAAAGGAAGUUGGGAAACAAGAAUCGGAGCAAAAGUCCCGUUCCUGAAAAGAAGAACAAACAGGAGAGGAAUCAGAAAAAUGAUCCCAACCAUGACGAAUUCCCAGAAGUGGAGUUUGAUUGUAAUGUAAUUAGUGGAGCCUUGGGGGGAGGAGGAGAUACUGUAAGUUCUAGAAGAAAAUACCUGAAAGAGGUACUCUCUAUUCGGGACCGUCCCAAGUUCAAAGAAGACCUAACCAAGCCAGACCCUCCUCUUUUGUAUUUUACAAAAGAAGACAUGCGCGGCGUGUUGCCGGGUCAUGUUGACGGACUGAUCAUUGCUGGGACCCUAGUGAAUUGCCGGGUUCGGAAGAUUUUCGUGGAUGCAGGGAGCUGUGCCGACAUCAUACUCUGGGAUGCUUUUAAAAAGAUGAACCUGGAUGAAGAGGACCUCAAACAUUGCAAAACGACGCUGUUAGCCUUUAAUGGAGAGCAUACACCUCCUAAAGGCUACAUUGAUCUCAGAUUAACCUUGGGAACAAAGGAAACGUUCAGAUCAGAACGAGUUAGGUUCAUAGUGGCCGAUUUCCCUUCAGAAUAUAAUAUAAUCCUGGGAAGACCGACCAUACAUCAGUGGGACAUGCUGGUUUCUACAAAAUACCAUAAGAUAAAAAUGGUGAGCAAUAAGAAUGAAAUAAUCACUGUUUGUGUAGAUCAGAAGGAAUCCAGGGGCUGCUACUUUGAUACUAUCAGAGAAAAUGAAGGAGGACGUUCGAGCCCAUCCCGAAUUCACCCGGGGGAUAAAACCGGUAGGAAUGUAACUCCUCAGAAUCUAAGAAGCCAGUCAACCUGGUUGAACUCGACAUGA